ACCACCCUGCCUAUGGUUAUUUCUUCCUACCCAGUGAUUUAGCCCUCAGUGCUUCAGAGACAUCAUGUGACAGACAGAGGAGGAGGAGCAGACAAUCAGGAAGCACACCGCUGCUGCAAAUCACAAGAAAGCUCUCCAUCAUGGCCUACCAGGCUGGGAUGCAGGAGGAUCCCACUGUUUUGGUUUCCAAAAUCAGCUCCAACAUCCAGAAGCUGACACUGCUGACCUCGGAGCUGCAGAGGGUAGUUUCUAUUCUGGGAACGGAGCAGGACAGCAGCCAUCUACCGCAGACGCUGCAACAGAAACAGCAGCAAGGCAACCAGCUAGCGAAGGAGACCGACAAACUAAUCAAAGCAUUCAGUGCACUUCCUGUUGGCCCCGAUCAGCGGCAGAGGAAGUUACAGAAAGAGCGUCUGGUGAAUGACUUCUCCGCUGCUCUGAACAGCUUUCAAAAGACCCAGCGGCAGGCGGCCGACAAAGAGAGAGAGUUUGUGGCCAGAGUCAGAGCCAGCUCCAGGGUGUCGGCAGGACAGCCUGAUGACAGCUUUGGAAUUGGACCUUCUUUCCUCAGUGAUGCCCAGGUGCAGGCUCAGGCUGAGGCCAUCACUGAAGAAGACCUGAGGCUGAUCCAGGAGAGAGAGACGUCCAUCAGGCAGUUGGAGUCUGACAUCACAAAUAUCAAUGACAUCUUCAAGGACCUGGGGAUGAUGGUCCAUGAGCAGGGAGACAUGAUAGACAGCAUAGAAGCCAAUGUGGAGAAAGCAGAUGUGCAUGUCCAGAGCGCCACCACGCAGCUGGCACGUGCUGCAGACUACCAGCGGAGCUCCCGGAAGAAGAUCUGCGUCCUGAUGAUAGUGUUGGUUGUAGUUGCUGUUGUUGUUGGACUCAUCAUCUGGGGCGCUGUCAAAAAAUGAGGGCUUCUUCUUCUUCUUCUUCCUCCUCUUCUCCUCCGCCACCUCUCCUGUUUGGUCAUCAGCCUGGUACAAAGGAUGAAGCACUGACCUUCCUCUCCUCAUCUUCCUCCUUUUCUCACCCCCCUCACGAGGAGAGUCAUUGGGACGGUCUGUCUUUCUUUGAUUCGAUUAUAUUAUUAAGAUAAUACGGCCCCCUCAUUGACAGGACCGCACACUCCCUCACUGUGAAAACAAAACUAACGCUUGUUGCUUUAUUGUUAUAAUCAGCUUCAAUUGAAUUAUUUUGUGUCUGAUUUAGGCAUGAUUUGCUUUAACGGGAAAGCUUAAGAUUUUAGCCCUCACCUGAUUGUCAGAAGGAGGUGUUAACCCGGUGUUGCUGGGUUCAGUGGCAGCCAUGUUGGCUCCACCAGCCCUGAAUGUUGAAUAAGACUCAGUACAGACAAUGCUUCUGGGUGCAAUGAAGCAGCAAGUUGCUGUAGGCAGGUAAGAGGGGAUUGACCUUCAAAAACCCACGUGCUAAACAUUACUCAGCAAUUAAACUAUGAAUCAAGUGCACUGUGCAAAUUUGUGAGUUAAAAAAAGCAAGCCUUGGUCCAUGUAGCCAAACUGCAGUGCUCUGAGUGACACGUCCCACUUUCUUUAAUCUAUCAUCUCCUGUAUUUUAAGUUAAAAUUAAUAGUUAAUUUCUAUUCAAAUUCAUGUAGUUGUAGUCUAAUGAUAAACCAAUAAGUGCUGUACAUACCCUUAUUAAAUCUUGUAAUUAGGAUCUUAUAUUACACUCCGCUGUCAGCCAGUCAUUCCAAGUAAUUAGGAGAAGAUUUCGUUCUCACUUUAAGUAGGUGGUGUGUUUCCUUUUGUUUGCAACUGUGCAGCUUGCAUUGACGUCAAGGAAAAUCAUGUCACAUCAUAGAAGAUCACACACAAGGGGCCCUAUUUAAACAAUCUAUAGCGUAAAGUGCAUGGCGCAAAUGCAUUUAGGGCAUGUCCAACUCCACUUUUGCAUGUUGAGCGGUGCAUAAUCAAUAAUAAUGGGCAAAGGGGUUGUAUUUAGUCUCUUAAUUAGUGUGUCUUGGUUGUAACAGGAAUUAAACCAAUCAGAGUGUCAUCUCCCAUUCCCUUUAAAAGCCGGGUGCAUUGCUAUUUAAAAGGCAGAUUGGGCAAAAUUGGAGAAGCGAGACGUUUUCUGCUGAGGAAAUGAAUCUGCUCGUGUGCAAGCAGAUGUAUGUGGUGCUUGUCUGGUGGAACAUCUGCCUCCACCGUCUCCCAAAUCUCUGUCCCAUCUACAUCUCCAUUUGACUGCAUACGAGCAAAUGCACCGAUUUAACCGGGGCAGGCGGCACGGCAAUCAAAGUUAAUUAUAUGAUAAUAAGCAUUAGACUAAAUAUGAUAAAGUGUAUUGAUAAAUAAUGAAAACUGUGUUACUUUCCGAUGCAACCCACGGGGGACCGGACCGGCUGAGCGGAAUCCUCCGGAGCUGCUUUACGCCAGACUUAAGAAGAGGUUUUUGUACGUCAAUGGCACAAUCGCUUUCUGCUGCCUAAACAUAGCAAUGCGCCAACUAAGCACCUGAUCACACCUCAUAUUAAGACCAACACCUCCAUGGGCACACAGAUGGACGGCAGGACGUUUGCUAUACUUACACAAUGUGGGCGCUGGGCGUGAAAAUGACAACAGCGUCAGUCUGAAACUAGCAAUGACAGUUGCGCUGCGCUUUGCGUCGGGUAUACGAUCGGGCCCAAAUUAUGUUGUAUGUAUGUUGUUGUGCAUGUAAAAGUUCAAUGUGUGUUUUAUGGUUUGUUUAACCUACUGUGCUUAGGUAUGCUUCUUUUAAAGGCACCAUUAAUUGAAAACACCCCACAGCUGUUUUCAGUUAUCUGGCUGAUUAGAGCUCGUUGGGCCGUAGCUACGCCAAUCAGUCGUGGUCCAGAGUCGAGGUCUAAUCAAGGAAAAGACUGACAACCCACAGUUAGCGACUUUAUCUCUUUAUUCCUAAUAUGAAGAAACCACAUUUGUUUUAAGCCAAAGUAAAGUAAGUGAAAGCAAACACUAAUAAUUAUUUGCUACAACUAUUUGACCUGUAUGUAAAAUUCUGAUCACAUGUAUAUUUUUAAUACUGAGAUUUAGCUGCCUACCAUAUGCUGAAUAAAUUACCUGAAUAUACUGAA